ACGCCUCUAUCAUCUUAACGUUCCGGCCCCCAUGCAUCUGUUUUGAUUGGUGGUCAAUCGGGGUCUGCGAGCACCACUGUAGCGCUGUGCUUUUAUUAAGGUUACAUCUAUUACUAACAGCCCACUAGUUUCGUUAUCGAUAACGAUGACUAUAAACUGAGCCCAGUGAUGGAGGAAUCUGUACCUUUUAGCAUCGUGUCCACCGUUAAAGCGCUAAGCGGUGCUCUGCGGGGAGACGAGGGCUGCGAAACUGACAUCAGCCGGGAACGAGAGAAGGUCUGGUUUAAGGAGAGCAGCGCCAAAAACCUGAGAAAUCGGGACUUUUUGGCACCUAAUACGGUUCUGACGACGCUUUUCGCCGCUGGAGAGGUUCCCUCUGAUGUUCUCAGUGAGAUCCGGACUCUUCGCGGAAGCGGUGUUUUGCCGAUAGCAGCAACUGAGGUGACAGCGGAAGGAUUGCGUGUUUGCGUGGAUCGCUGCGCCGCAUUCAGAUGUGUGCUAUGUGGAAUAAUGCCCUACCUGAGACCUGCAGCUCAGAGACAGGGCUGUGUCCUCAUCAACUGCCCCGCCCUCCACCCCAAACAAGCCACACCCUCUCCCGAUACACUAGUUUUAGGGCAACUGCGGACCAUUCUUAUAGCCGACCACCUUGGGAUGCAGCUCAGAAAACAAGGGUACACUGUGUCCUUUUGUCCGGCUUUGCCAGAAGAGAAUGACAUUGUGAGCCUUCUGAAAACACUCGGCAUAGAUUGGCCGACGGUUCCCGUCAGUUGGACCAAUGAAGACAGGGAAGAGAAGAUGAAAAAAGCUUUAGAGAACUCUGCUUACAGAGAUAGAGAGAUGGAGAGAGGAAAGAGGAGAAGCAGUGGAGAGGAAAUAAAAGGAGAGGAGAGAGGAAUGAAAGAGGAAAUUAGGAUAAACCUUAAACAAGUUGUACAGGACGAGAACCUUCAAGGUUAUGAUCCCAGUCUUGGUAUUUGCACAGUGCAAAGAGAAGCUCUGUGUCACCUUGCCCAGCUUGACCACGCUAUCACAGAUUUCCCUGUCUCCACGGCAACAGUCCUGCAUGUCACUUCCUGUCAGGACGAGUUUCGUCAACAGCAAACAUCCAUGCUGUGGAGAGCAACGGGCAUGACGGCAAUGCAGAGAUUGGUGAUUUGUGGUCCUGUUAAAACUCCUGGCGUUCAGAUGAAUGCAGCUCAGUAUCUUCAGUUGAGACAAGCCCAGAUGAAAGAGGCCUCAGAAAUGAAGUAUGGAGACCAAGUUGAAGGUCAGACAUGGGAUGACAUCAUUAGGGUCAUGACUUCAGCCACCGUGAGAUUUGAACUGAUGUCCACAGUGCACACAAGUCCGGUGACGCUAGAUGUGCAGAGAGACAGUGGCGUAUCCACAAAGGGACCCAGGGGUGGAGUCUUUGUCAUGUAUAACUGUGCUCGUCUUCACACUCUUUUUAGCAGCUACGAGAAAGGGGUAGAGCAAGGUCUUUAUCCAGAUAUCCCUGAGGGCACAGAGCUGGACUUUUCUGCCCUAAAGGAGGAGGGGGAGUGGCUUCUUCUCUUCAAUUACCUCAUUCCAUUCUCUGAGCUUUUGGACCAAUCAGGACAGAUUCUAGAGCAUGAAGGGGGAGGAGCCAGAGUUAAUUUAAGAACUGAACAGGUGUGCAGAUUCUUGGUGUCUCUCAGUAAAGAUUUUAGCUCCUAUUACAACAGGGUCCAUGUUCUUGGGGAGCCACUUCCUCAUCUCUUCAAUCAGAUGUUUUGUCGUUUAUUAUUAUUGAGAGCAUUAAGAGAACUUUACCACAGCGCCUUGGAGUCCCUUAACCUGCCCCCGAUCACCCAACUAUAGCAUCUAUACUGCAGACAUUAUACAUGCAUACCUAUCCCCACAAACUCUCCAACUCAAGAGCCAGCACUCUUCUAUUUCCCUCAAUCAUUAUUCAUUAAAUAUCCUCCUCGUACCCAUAACUGCCUAAACAUCUUGGUUAAACUUCAAUGUCCCAACAAUCAAAUCAAUCGCUCAAGAACAGUUUAACCACUGAAAUACCCAUACACAAGCAGAACAGGACAGACCCGAAGUAACCCAGCCUCUGUCGAAAUCUAAAGAAUGUAUUCAAAGAUGGUAAAAAUGGCUGUUAUAGAUUCUUAUUAGUAGCUGCAAAUGUAAUCAAAUUAUACAUUAUAUGAUAUAAGAUAAACACGGUGUGGUUGAAAUCUGUGAAGUUUCUUGUGAGCCGGACGAUCACUUUAAUCAAAUGACCCAAAACCUUCCAGUUCCUACAAAAUCUAAACAAGACACUUUCAUUGAGACACUUUUAAUCUGCUGUAGUAAGAAACAAAGUAUCUGUCAAAUUAUCUAGUAAAAACUCAUGCCAUAGAGACAGACCCUUUCACAUAAUCUGCAUUCAGCUGCACUACAGGCAUAGAUUGUGCAUGACAAUGUCUUAUAUGUAAUAUUAAAUCAGUGUAAUUGCACCAUUCUGUUUGUUGAACACUGACAAUGUAGCUCAGUUAUUGUCCAAUUCCAAUAGAAACACACAGUCACUACAGUUUGUCUCCGUUGUUUUUGAUCAGUGGUAGAUACUUUACACCAUCUUCCAAAAUGUCAUAAUAUGGGAUGCUAUUUUAACUUUGUUAUGAAUAGUUUUAUCUGUACCGAAUGUAAAAUCCUUGUAGUGUCCCUCACUAUUCCUGAUCCUAUAAGUGUACAGGCGGUGCCACACGUGCCAUACAGACUUAAGAUGUAAGUACUCUCACUGUAUGAGUUUUCACCAAACUGUGCCAUACUGUACACCACACGAUAUUGAAUCCCUCAACAGUGCUCAAUAUUUAAUGCUACUAUGUGUAAUUCCCUCACAAUUCAAAGUUUUUUUUUUGUGAUGAUCUCACAUGUUUAAUCAUUAAAAGUCUGUCUUA